AUGGAAAGUGAAAGUGAUCGGCAAGUGGUGGGAUACCAUUGCGAAGUGAGGCACUUGGAGGUUUUUGAACCUGACAACGAGUUGCCGCGCACCCAGUUCUUGCUGGCUGUCAAGGCCAUAAUAUUUUCAAGUCAGCCUGCAGCCUUGCACUCCGAGGACGAGGAUGACGGUGAACACUACGAAGGAACCUACUCCGAGGAACUCGAACUCGAACUUGAUUUCUUGAUGGAUGAAGACAGGUCAAGGGCCGCCCUAGCUGAAGCUCUAGUUUCUUUCCUGCAUGUCCCUCCUCAGAUUUGCGACUCCGUGGUGGAAAAAAUAGUACAAGAAUCCCUAGACGCUGAAACUGAUUCUAGACCUUACAGUGAUGACAUGUUUGUUCAAAUGGCAGCGUUCAUCACUGUUGUUGUUGAUGAUGAAUUUGAGGGCUUGGAGACGGAUGACCCUAAAUUUGUGCCUGCAAGUAAGUCAUCGAUCGAGAAGCUAAAGAGGGCGAGAGUGGAAGUAUCUGCGACGUGUUCGGUUUGCAUGGAGGAGAUGGAGGUUGGUUCGCAAGCAAUUCACAUGCCAUGCUCGCAUCUUUACCAUAAGGAUUGCAUUGUUGAGUGGUUGGACAAAAGCAGGGUUUGCCCACUGUGCCGCUUCGCCAUGCCUUCGAAAUAA